AACGGUCAAACACGCAACACAGUAUAUAAGAAGUCCGAAGAGAGUGGUAGGAUUGGAGAAGAAUACAGGAAGACCUGAGUCUACUGCAAGAUCCUCCGGUGUCCAGAGAACAGUGUGAGGACGCAGGAAAAUCCCAGUCCAGGCAAAGAAAGUGUGUUUCUACCACUGAUUCUGCACUGAGGACCUACGUGGCAUCUCUCCUAAAUCCUCUUGUAGAGUCAACUUGAUCCCUGUCAUUUCUUCCUGAUCAAACAUGGUGCCUCAAAUAGUCCCCAAGAGCAAAGCUCCAGGAGUUGAUUUCUGUGGGGUCGAUGAAUAUUAUUACAUCAUCCGCUCCGACCUGGGCUGCUACAUGAGGUCAACCAAUUUCCAUGAGGGCAAAGACCUAGAAGUCUUUAGCCUGCACAAUUCUUGCCGGGGUGGAGAUCACUACUUAGCCCACGAGGAUGACCUCUUCUAUAUCAUCAAGGGAGACCACUAUCGUCGUGUCAGUAACAUGAACCAGGACAAGAGUGCUGUGGUGUACAGCCUCCAUCCCAACUGUCAAGGAGGAGAUCAUUACCUGUCCGCCUUCGGUCACUUCUACAUUAUUUUUCAGAAGAAAGGCAUUUACCGCAAGGUCACUAAUAUGAAUACAGAUGAAGAUGCAGAUGAAUACACCCUUCACCCAGACUGCAGGAACGGCCUUUAUUAUUGGGGCUGUAAGGAUUACUACUACUUCGUAAAACCCCAUGAUGAAUGGGGCAUCCAGUACUUUAAGUCCACCAACUUCCAUGAAAAAGAAGAUCCGAAUACAUUUUCCUUCCAUGAAACCGUGGUCCCCUUUCUCCCUGGAGGCCUGGCCAUUGCUCUUGGUGAGUGUUUUGGUAAAUGGGAGGCUCUCAAGACCAUCUCCAACGAUUCUAACAGUCCCAUCACUUGGAACAAGAAGAUCACUAAGAAGGUGGGAUACAAGAAUUCGAAGAUGAACUCCGUGGAGAAUCACUGGAAGUUAAGUAUGACUGCUUCAUAUCAGUCCGGAGCCCUUGCUGAAUCAAUUGCCAAAUAUCAGUUCAGCGUUUCCACCGAACAUGGUGGGAAAAGUGUCCAAACCGAGUCGGAAGACUGGAGUGAAGCCACAGAAGUGGAAGAAUCGGUUAAUGUGACCCUGGAGCCCAAAAGCCAGUUGUACAUAUGGCAGUACCAGCUGGGCUUGGGCAAGGAGCCCAUCUUGUUCUGCCGUGACAUGAGGUUUACUAACGAUGCCACUCCACCCACAACUAUUCCUCUGCCAAAAUCUUCUGAUAAGUAAUGGAAGGGCAGGAGUGCUGAAAGUUUUGCUCCGUGCUGGUUGCUUUUAAUAAAGUUUGGGCUCAUUAAUGAUUAGGAUCUGUAGAAAUUGCAGAGGCUUAGAAGUCUUUAGUGAUAGGGAUAUAGAGAAAGUGAAGCUAAACAUUCAGCGAGGAUAUUAUUAUUUGAUUAUAGCACAACUGUUGAGUGUUCCUAACAUUCCUGAGUAGUUUGAAGACUCAUAGCCAUCACUACUUACUUCGAAUUACCUUCUUAUUAGACUCUUACAAUUACUUCAUGCUAUUUGCUUUAUUUCCAAGUAUGCAGGCAGGCAAAGGGGUGUGUGAGGGAAGUAGUCAGUCCAGCAUCUUUACUCGUCUUCUAGAGGGACUGAUUCCAGUUUUCCUCUCUCCACUUAAGCCUCAUUUGCCAUAAACCAUUCUUGCGUUUGCCUUCUGUAAUCUUUAGUCUGACUGUUAUCAUGUUGAUCAGCAAAUUAAAUAAAAGCUAGCAUUUCUGAAAAAGA